AUGAACCAGCUGAGGAAGCUGGUAGAGUCCCUCAGCAAAACUGUCAAGAGCUUCAAAAAAAGUGAAGUAGAGUGUCUGAUAAUACUUUUUCAGCGCUUGGUGGGAAGAGGCGAUGUGCGACUUGAUAAUGCUGGACUAGAUCGUAAUGCCUUCCGGACAAUCCUGUACAGCUUGUUUGGAAUGACUGACGAGAAGCUAAUGAAUAGGGUAUUUUUUGCGUUUGACAAAGACAAUGAUAACUGCAUAAAUGUAAAUGAGUGGGUUGCAGGAUUAUCAGUGUUUCUUCGAGGGACUUUUGAAGAAAAGCUGAAAUUCUGUUUUGAAGUUUACUAUUUGAAUGGCGAUGAUGGCUACAUUUCUCGAGAGGAAAUAUUUGACCUGUUGAGGAACAGUCUACACCAACUGUCAUCCAAGGAGGAGACUGAUGAAGGAGUAAAAGAGCUGGUAGACAUAACACUGAAGAAAAUGGAUUAUGACAAUGAUGGCAAGAUAUCGUUUGCAGACUUUGAGAAAGCAGUGAAGGAAGAGAGACUUCUGUUGGAGGUGUUUGGACAAUGUUUACCGGAAGCAAAGAUUUGUCUUGAUUUUGAAGCCCUGGCAUUCAGACACCUAGACACAUCCUGACUUCUAGUUUUUGCAUGUGAAUCACUCAAUACUUGUAUUAAAAUAAACAUUUUGGUUGCU